AUGGUGAUGUCACCGGGCACCUACACCUUCCUGGCCUGUUUCUCCGGCUUCUGGUUGGUCUGGGCGCUCGUCGUCAUGCUCUGCUGUUUCUGCAGCUUCCUGCAGCGGAGGCUGAAGCGGCGCCGCGACGAGCGGCUCCGAGAACAGUGUCUGCGCUCCGUGGAGAUGGAGCCGCUCGACUGCCACGCCCCCUCCGGGUGCCUGCCGCCGCCGCGGGACACCUGUCCUCCUCAGACCCCGUCAGCGCCGGUUCCUCUUCUGGUUCCUCAUCCCAUGCCACAGGCGACCUGGAUCAGAGUCCCAGAGACGGAUGCUUUUGGGAAGCCACCCUGUUACGAGGAGGCGGUCCUGAUGGAGGAUGCCCCUCCACCUUACAGUGAGGUCUUGGCUGACCCACGAGGGGGCACCUACCUGAUGCCUGCCCCGCUGCCUUUGAGGGAAAACCAUGAUCUCAUGUCAGAGACCGUCAAGCCGCCCGUGGCCACUGUGUUUCCUGACCGGGGUUACUCCUCCCUGAUCCGCCUGCCUUUGUCUCAGCGCUGGGACUCCUUGGGCCACCUCUUGUCCAACAUGGACCUGAACUAUAACAGCCUCAGUCCACCUGAGCCACGCUCACUUCAGGCUGCCGAUGCCAUGGCGACCAUGCCCCCUAGAGAGCUCAGGACUCCCCACCAUGGACUUCCAGGUGAAACACAAGGACUUCCAGGGAGCGUCCAGGAGUUCCAGGGAGAAUUUCAAGGGAUCCAAGAGGUUCAUAGACUAAGGAGUUUGGAGCCCGGCUGUGGGAUACCGACGGCCUUCCCUCUACCGGGUCGGAGUACUGCUGUGUAG